GGGAAAUAGGAAGUGAGCAUCUCUCCAUAAACCGGCGCUGGUUUAACAUUCACUUGUGCGCCACAGCGCACACAGAAGGGUAUAUUAGUAGCUAGAAGUGAAAUAUCAUCAGUUUUGAGCAGAAAAAGAAGAAAGCAUGGCUGGAUUUGGUCGGUUUUUGGGUUUGGUGCUGCUGUUAGUUGUCUACAGCGAUGCAGUCAUCAGAAUUCCCCUGCACAAAACGCGCUCGGUGCGCCGCCUGCUGGCUGACAACGGCCUGACUAUCGAGGAGCUGAAGGCCAGGAGCAGAGCCGCUGCAGAGACAGCCUGGCAGGAGGAGCCCACCACCUCCACCGCAGCAACCACCACCCAUACCCCAGCAACCACCACCCCUCCACCUCCCCCUGCAGAGAAACUCACCAACUUCAUGGAUUCGCAGUACUUCGGUGUGAUCAGCAUCGGCACCCCCCCUCAGGAGUUCACCGUGCUGUUCGAUACAGGCUCCUCCAACCUGUGGGUGCCCUCCGUUCACUGCUCCUUCUUUGACCUGGCCUGCUGGUUGCAUCAUCGCUAUAACUCUAAGAAGUCCAGCACAUAUGUGAAGAAUGGCACUUCAUUCUCUAUCCGGUACGGGAGGGGCAGUCUGUCCGGCUUCAUCAGUCAGGACACGGUUAAUCUGGCAGGUUUAAACGUGACCGGGCAGCAGUUUGCCGAGGCGGUGAAGCAGCCGGGCAUCGUGUUUGCGGUGGCGCGGUUUGAUGGGGUGCUGGGCAUGGCUUAUCCCACCAUCUCUGUGGAUGGAGUCAGACCCGUGUUCGACACAGCCAUGGCCGCCAAGCUUCUCCCCCGUAACAUCUUCUCCUUCUACUUUAACAGGGACACUGCAGCGGAGAUUGGGGGUGAGCUGAUGCUGGGGGGUUUUGAUGCGCAGUACUUUGAUGGAGAUCUUCACUAUGUUAGCGUUACCCGUAAAGCCUACUGGCAGUUCCUCAUGGACGAGGUUCAGGUCGGGAGCACCCUCACCAUCUGCAAGGGCGGCUGUCAGGCGAUCGCUGACACCGGAACCUCCAUGAUCGUGGGGCCGGUUCAGGAGAUCAGAGCUCUGAACAAAGCCAUCGGAGCCAUCCCUCUGCUGAUGGGGGAGUACUUUAUUGACUGCAAGAAAAUUCCCUCCCUCCCCACGGUCUCCAUCAGUCUGGGGGGAAAGAUGUUCAACCUGACAGGCAAAGACUACGUUGUGCAGGAGACCCAGAUGGGUGUGAGUAUCUGCCUGUCUGGCUUCAUGGGGAUGGACGUGCCGCCCCCUGCUGGCCCCCUCUGGAUCCUAGGGGACGUUUUCAUUGGUCGAUACUACACCGUCUUCGACAGAGACAACGACCGAGUGGGAUUCGCUCCCACCAAGUAAACAGAAGAGUUCUGAGAUUUGAGAACUGUUACACUGAAGAACCAAAGAACCAAAAUGGAGAAAAAGAGGAUCUGUGAUCUUCAUCUUUACUAAAGCUUUUUCUUAAAAUAAGCAGUUUUAUAUUAAGCUAUUCUUUGUUGAUUAUUUUAAUUGUUAUUAUAAAUUAGAUUUAGUUUCAAAAAGCGGAAUUUCUCAGUUUAGUGAAAUAACUUAAGGUUUUUCAGAUAGAAAAUCCUUAUCUUUGGGCUUAAGUUGAUUGAUUAACUGAAAGACUCUGCUCUCAGGUCUAAAAUUAAGCGGUUUGAUGUUGGAAACCUUUAAAUUAGCAUGCUCUGUUGGUUCCUCUUAUUAUUGCACUGAUUUGCUGUUUGUUUGAUAAACUAUGCAAAAUAAUUGACUCCUGUAGUUUUCCUGCAGCUUUUGUAUUACCAUUUAAACCUGUUUUACCUUUACAAAGAUUUGCACUGUAAAAGCUUCUAUGUGUGGGAUUUAAAUAAAGACAUGAGGUUUUGAAAGAGUUUGUGAAUUAAAAAGCUUCAAAAAAUCCAAAUGAGUGAA